AUGAGCCAACCCUACAGUGCCCUGCUUCCCCUGUUGCAGAGGCACUGCGGAUGUACCCACCUGUACCGCGAGGCCGCCCGCGACUACAAGAUUUCGGGCGCGGACAUCGUUCUCCCGAAGGGCACCGGUGUCGUUAUCUCUGUGCUUGGUCUGCAUAACGACCCACGGUACUGGAAGGAGCCCCAGAGGUUCAUGCCGGCUCGCUUCAGAGAAGAAAACUCCAAGGACAGGCCGAACUACACCUUCCUACCUUUCGGCGAGGGACCCAGGCUCUGCCUAGGUAUGAGGGUCGCGUACCUGCAGGUGAAGCUCGCCCUCGUCCACAUCCUCAACAACUUCGAGGUGCUGCCAACACCGGAGACGCCCAGCAGUCUGCGGUACGAACCUUCCAAGUUAAUUGGAACUCCAGCUGGAAAAGUGGCUCUGCGUUUCAGGAAAAUUCCUGUGUGCUGAGCGUCCUCCAUUGCCAGCAGGCCGAGAGUCGCCAUAAGGUUUACAAUUUACAGAAAUAAAAGACAGUAACUGUACUUAUGGCGAUUGAUACGACUUAACAAAGGCAAUUAAUUAUCUUUAUAUUUGUAUGAGCUACACAGCUGUGCGUGUAGCUCACUAAUGUACAUAUUUAUACCAGGAUGUGUUACUUUGUUGUUAUGUAU